GCUGAGCUUCAGCACAGUUUAACGCACGAUUUUGCUCGAACAAAACGGAUACGACGUUCCGACGUUCUUUUCCACUGUUCGGAGUUUUCUCCAAAAGGAAGAGUGUGAGCGCGCCGAGCGGCACGCUGUUCGCCGCGUUUCGCCCGUCUGCGGCACUCAACUAGGCCGCUAGUGUUGGCAGCAGUGUGCACGACUUGACUCUGUGGAAAGAUUGUGAGCAUAGCACAGCUUUUACGCCGACAUGCACAGAAUAGUAAUAUUAAAUUAGUUUUUCACCUAAAACCAUCCUUGUCUCUCGGCGCCGAACGGUAGGAUGUGAAAUCGGAGAGUAGAUCGUGAUUUAAGACAUUUAAAAUCACUCCAAGCUCAAAGUUUGGUGCGAAAAAGGCCUUUAGGAAUUUCGCCCGCCCUGCGAAAGGCGUAAGUUGCGGCCGUGCCCCACUGUUGACAUACCGGCUAAGCAACGUGAAAACGUGCUUCGAAAGUGUUUUGUAAACUAGGUUUUUAAGCGGUGCACUUUCGCUGAUAUUCGCACAGGGACACUGAUUAAAGUACGGCCAGAUGGCGUCAAUGCGCAUCAAAAAACCCACUACCCGGAAAGGAAAGAAAGCCCUAGAGGACCGCGAGCCGAAAACGAUAGAAAAUGUGAAGAAAACUCUCAUAAUGGAGGGUCGCAAGUGCUCCAACGACAUUCGGCAAGCAUUGAAAGAUUUGAAUAUGCUGAAGAAACCCCACUCGCGAAUGAUGAGACGAAACAAUGAUGUUUCCCCGUUCGAAGACGCAGCACUGUUGGAACAUUUGUCCAAAACCAACGACUGUCAUUUGUUUUUGUUUGGCUCGUCAUCGAAAAAGCGACCAAACAAUUUGAUUAUGGGUCGCAUUUACGAGGAACAAAUUCUCGACAUGGUCGAGCUGGGGAUCGACAACUAUAAAGCUCUCGCCGAGUUUAAAACAGAAAAGAUAUCCCAGUACACGAAGCCGGUGGUUGUGUUCAACGGCUACAAAUGGAAGUUCACGGAGGAGCUGAGACGCCUCAAAAGUCUGCUGCUGGACAUGUUCCGUUUCGAUCAAGUUCCAACGAUCCGCCUGCAGGGCAUCGAGCAUGUGCUGAGCUUCACUCUGACCGACGACCUUAACAUUCUGGUGCGUUCGUAUCGGAUUCUGCUUAAAAAGAGUGGCCAACGUACGCCACGAAUUGAGCUGCUGGAAAUGGGACCAUCGCUGGAUUUGUCGAUACGCCGCACAAAGAUUGCUUCGGAAGAUCUGUAUAAAACGGCCAUGAAGCAGCCAGCCAUUCUGAAGGCAGCCAAACGGAAGAACGUUUCGCGCGAUGAGCUGGGCAACGUGCACGGAAGGGUGCAUGUGGGCAAGCAGGACAUAAAUGCCUUGCAAACGAGAAAGAUGAAGGGCCUGCGGAAAACGGCAGAAGAGAAGAGAACGGAAAAGGCGAGCAAGCGGAAGCGAACCUCUGAAGAAGCCUCGGCUGAGGAUGGUGACAAUAACGAGGGGAUGGACGUUGAAAGUGGAGCAGAUGAAUAACGUAACGGAAGGGGUUAGAAUAAACGAAAAAAAGUGUCACAUUCGUAGCUCUUUUUCGGGAAUGUAGUAAUUCAUUGAGUAUUAAGAUAACUUGAAUUAGUGCAGCGAUUUCUGCAUUGAACGCAUUAAAACGUUUGC